UAGAGGUGGAUAAAGUUCGUCUCCACGUUGGAAGUGAUAGAAAGUAUUAUCCCGUUUCAGGCUGUGUUUGUAGUUUUUUAAGGAGGAGAGGAAAUCAAAGAGGAUACUCCAGGAGUGGGAACAGAGAGUUUCAGCGGUGGAGAGGACUGUGGUGUUUGUUUAUUCUCGCGCGGUGUUCAAGAAGAGAAAAGUUUUCUCAGGACGCGAAGUUGUCAAGUGAGUUGAACUUCAACAAUAGGCGGACUCGAUCACAAGACAGGACAGAGAUAAAGAGUCACAGGACGAAUGUUAACCGCCGAUUUGGACACUUUUAAUUUCCUGAGAUAAGGUGAUACAAACUUUAUGUCCAAGAAAAUGGAGGCGACUUUCUACGAAGAAGCUGUGAACGCCUCAAACUCCCAGCAUGAAGGGACAGCGGCGGUGUACGGCUUCAACCCCAAAACCCUCAAACAGACCAUGACUCUGAACCUUAACGACCCAAAAAACUUCAAACCCCAGCUGAGCGCAAAGGCCCUGGACAUCCUCACGUCCCCUGAUGUGGGGCUGCUGAAGCUGGCCUCCCCGGAGCUGGAGAGACUCAUCAUCCAGUCCUGCAACGGGCUCACGACCCCCACCCCGACCCAGUUCAUCUGUCCCAAGAACAUCACGGACGAGCAGGAGGGGUUUGCUGAGGGUUUUGCGAGGGCUCUAGCUGAACUGCACUACCACCAGCAGACGCCUGCCGUGCACCCUGACGCACAGACCGGCGCGAGCAGCAGCAUGGCAUCCGGCGCUGCUGCGCCCGAGAGCGGGGGGAUUCCCUACAGCUGCACGGUGCGCACUGACCCGCCCGAGUACACAAACUUAGGCACUUUCCCCCGAGCUGUAAGCUCCGCGUCUGCACCUGCCAACGAGAGACUCCCACCUAUGAGCUACCCAUCCGCCCCACAGCCGUCCCAUAGCCACAUGGACCACCAGCUCGCAGCUGCGCAGCACUCGCGACUCCAUGCGCUCAAAGAGGAGCCGCAGACUGUCCCCGAGAUGUCCGGAGACACCCCGCCGCUGUCCCCCAUCGACAUGGAGGAUCAGGAGCGCAUCAAAGCAGAGAGGAAACGCAUGAGGAAUAGGGUGGCUGCGUCUAAAUGCCGGAAAAGGAAGCUGGAGAGGAUCUCCAGGCUGGAGGACAGGGUCAAAAACCUGAAGAGCCAAAACACGGAACUGGUUUCCUCCGCCAACGUGCUCCGAGACGAGCUGGCUCUGCUCAAGCAAAAGGUCAUGGACCACGUUAACAGCGGCUGCCAGCUCAUUUUGACGCAGCAGCUCCAGGCUUUCUAGACUGAAAGGGAGGGGGGAACAACCAAGGGACGUUUCUUGGGGACCAAAUGCAGCUUCAAGUGGGUCUGUUAAGCCAUAUCAUUUCACUAUCCGCACAGACUGUGUCCACUAAGUUUCUGCAGGUGAAAUGCAACGAUGGACAGUGACUGAGACGUAUAAUUGUUCCGUAUGAUGGACUAUUAACCUCAAACUUAGUGCAGGGACGCACACAGCUCAAAGGGAACACAUGCUCCCUCUGGUGUUACAAUUCGGAUAUUUCUGGCAUUUUUGUUACGUUUAUUUAAAGUUGAAAGAUCAAACUUGUUUCAAGAGGCAGUAUGUCAAUCUCCCAAAAUGUAAACUCGUUUUAGACUGAUGGAGCCUCAUGCAGUUCUGUCUCAGAGCCAUUUUAUGGGAUAAAAUUACAUCAGGCAGAAUCAGGGAGUGAACUCGGCCCUCUGUUUCAAGCUGCAGUCAGACUUGAGUCAUGCACUGAGUCCUACCAGCGACUUUACCGUCUGUACAGAGAAACACUAACAUUCAAACACGUUUCACACCUUUACAAAGACUCUUUCAGGGGUGUGUGUGUGUAGCGUUUACUGACAAAACCCUGCCUUACUUUCUUAACCCUUUUGUUCAUACGAGUUUGUGAUAAAGGUGUAACUAAUGUUAGACCCGAAAUAACACUUUGUAAUAAUAUUUGUACGCUGUAUUUUGAGCACUUCAGAACUGUAAAUAUGACGAAAUAAAAUGUUGGACACCGA